AUGCCAGCUGCAAUCGUCACAGGUGCCACCGGUAUUACCGGAAGUGAGAUUGUGAGACAUCUCAUCAAGGACCCUUCGUACACGAAAAUCUACAGUCUUUCCCGAAGCAAUGCAGGGCUCGACCACCCAAAGGUUCAACAUGUUCAUCUCGACCUCCAAGGAAAUUCAGACCACAUGGCGAAAGACCUCGCGGGAGUUUCUGCCGAACACAUCUUCUUUUGCGCAUACCUACCAAACGACGAUCCCGGCGAGACUGAUCGGAUCAAUGCGGCCAUGCUAUCCAGCUUCUUGUCGGCCUUGACCAAAAUGGGUGAAGACAAGCACAUCAAGCGCUUCGUUCUCACUUGCGGAUUCAAACAAUAUGGCGUCCAUCUUGGACGUGUCAAGCAGCCAUCACUUGAAAGCGACCCGCUUUUAUUGGAUAGCGCAGGGGGCGUCUCUUGGCCGCCAAUCUUCUACUACACGCAACAGCAGAUCCUUGCAAAGGCAGCAAAAGCGGGCAACUGGGAAUGGGUAUGUACACUCCCUGAAGAUGUGCUAGGAUUUGCAAAAGGAAACUUUAUGAAUGAAGCCACUGCCAUCGGCCUUUACUGUGUGGUUUGCAAAGCUUCGCCAGGUUCCGAGCUACCCUUCCCCGGAAACAAAGAUAAUUACCUCACAUUCAACACUUGGACAUCUGCCAAUCUUCAUGCACAGUUUUGCCUGUGGGCUGCUAAAGCUGCGGGCGCUGGAAAUGAAAUUUUCAAUGUGACGAACGGAGAUUCGGAAUCGUUCCAAAAUUUGUGGCCCAAGCUAGCCGAGCGAUUCGGUUGCAAGAUCCCCGAUCAAAUGUUUUCAAACAGUGGCUUCAAAGACUAUGAGUCAUCAACUAUACAAUUGAAGAAUACACAGCAUCCCUUGAUUCUUCAUGCCAAGAACAUGGGCCUCGCAAAGGAUCCGAUAGCGACGGAUGCACCAACUCUACGUUUACAGAUUGAUCCAGAGAAAUGGGCCAAACGUUCCGAUGUGAAUGAAAUCUGGGCAAGAUUACGGAAGCAGUAUGGCCUUGACCAAAUGGCCUGGGAGAAGGCCACAUGGGACUUCCUCACUUUUGUGCUUGGGCGAGAUUGGAAUUGUAUCGGCAGCAUGAGCAAGGCCAGAAAGUUAGGCUGGACUGGAUAUGCAGAUACUUGGGAUGAGCUGGUUGAUACAUUCGAGCGGCUCGAAGAAGCCGGUAUUUUACCUCCACUCCAGCAGCUGAAACACGAUUACUAG